UCUUUAUAGCAGCCUGACUAUACGAUUUCUUCCACCGAAAGUGACUAGAUUGUCUGUCCUUACGAUGUUCAAAACUAAAUGGCUAUAUACAGUCCACAUCUGUUUUUGUUUUUAGAGAAGCCAGUCCGUUGACAGUGGGAAUAUUACCGUCCCAGACACAAUGGACUGCUUCAGUUUACCAAUUGGGCGACCCGGUUGACCUGAAGGACGUAUCUUUUUGUACAUUUCCGCUAUGGCAUUCUGUGUUGAUCACUGCUUGUGGUGCAUUACCAGUAGUUGCAGCCGUUCCGAUGGAUACUGUGCGGUAGUCGACUGUCCAAACUUUUGUGGGAUGCGCAUGCACUUGUGUAAAGCCCAGGAGCACACAGAACACAUCUGCGCAAACACUGUGGUGGCUUGUCCGAACAGAGAAAUCGGGUGUGCCGUUACCGUUCUACGGCGAAAAGUUGCAACUCAUCUGAGUGCAUGUCAAGCAAGCGUUGUGUCUUGUUUUGUUCCAGGAAACAUCCCAGUAAGGCCUACUAUUUCCAAGACCACACCUGGAUUUUUUCGUCGACCUUUUCUCACUAAAGCCCUGAAACCUGUCCGUCCGGCUUUCGUCUUCAAUGCUGCUUCGACCGCUUCAUCCACACAAUCCAUAUCAAGUCUGACAGAUCCACCGAACGGACACAGUACACAGACCUUGGGCGAAGAGUCUACAGAAUCACCGGAUGAAUUCGUUGAACAACCCGUCUUACCUUUUUUCUCUGGGAGCGAGGGUGAACAUUUUUGUCAGAAGAUUGUUCCAAGGAGUAAUUUCAACAAUCAUUGGCGCUUACAUGCGGAUGUCCUCCGCCAACUGGACGGGUUUAUUGAAUUACGAUGUCCAUUACAUUGGCGAGGAUGCCGCUUCGUGGCCGUGCUUUUGAGACCCACCGGUCCGAAUGGUCGUCUACUAUACAAUCCAGCAAUGGGCCUGUUUGCCAUCGACGUGGGCGGAACGAAUGUCCCUGUCGACAAAUCAUCCGCCUGCAUGUCUGGAGAUAUUCUCGUUGGCCGGUCGACUCUGAGGUUAGACGAACUACCAGAAGAUGUGCUCAUACGUCUGACACGGACCCUGGAUAACGCUUCCCUAUUGUGCCUGUGCGAAGCGGCCCAGAGCAACAGCCGUCUGCGUGCACUAGCAGAAAGCGCCAUUCGGGGAAGGCUGAUCGUUCUCCCCAACUGGGUUCGUUUUUCCUACCCGCCCAAUAGUGGCAACUCGGGAUGGAAAAUCACCGAAUUCGUCUAUUGUCUUCCGGAACAGUCGACUUGUGUCAGCAAGUGGUCUUUUAACUUGGGAAGAAGCGAUCUGACGCGGCAUUUACGCACUUGUCCUUUCAACGACCGCCGCGUGAACGAGAAACCGUUCGCGUUGAUUCGCGGUGGCCUGACAGAGAAUGACAUGGUUCCUUUGCGUUCCAUAUAGUCCACCGGCGGGACGCUUUGCUUCCCGAUUUGUCUUCCACUCACCGGUUCCUUUCCUAGCUGACUUGAUGACUUAUUUUAUUUAAAUUGAGAUUGUUCUGUUGUCCGUUUUUGCCUUCUAGACCCAUACGAGCCAUAUAUGUCACCACUUUCGUGGAUCGGUGUAUUUCGAGGGCAUUCGAGCUAGCAUAUGGACCAUGGUUGUCACCUUGAUCCCCCUGGUUCAUCAAUAAAAUCAUGUUACGAAG